AUGGAUUUCAACAGUUCGUCGCCCUUCCCCGAGGGCGUCAUUUCCUUUCUCGACACCGAUCUGUACAAGUUGACGAUGCAAUGCGCCGUCUUCAAGUUCUUCAAAGACGUUCCCGUGACAUAUGCUUUCACCAAUCGUACACCUGAUAAGAAGCUUUCAAGAGUUGCUUUUAAAUGGCUUGACGAACAAAUCCGAAAGCUUGGAAACAUCUCCCUGUCCAAUGGCGAAUAUCAAUUUCUGAAAACACAUUGCACGUAUCUGACUGACGACUAUCUCAAUUAUCUGCGCGAUUUUCAACUCCGACCUAGAGAGCAAGUUACCGUCACGUUUACAACCGUUGGCAAGGAUUCCGGAGCCGAUUCGGAUAUUGGUGAUAUUGACAUCAAGAUUCAAGGAACAUGGUCCGACACCAUCUUGUACGAGAUUCCCAUUCUUGCCUUGACAUCCGAAGCAUACUUUCGAUUCAUGGAUACCGACUGGAAUUACGACGGCCAGGAAGAACUUGCAUUUCACAAAGGCAUGCAGCUCUUGGAAGCCGGUUGCAUAACUUCGGAAUUUGGCACUCGAAGACGACGUGACUACCACACUCAAGCCCUGGUGUUCCGCGGGUUGGUCAAGGCAUCCAAGGCUGCUGCGGAGAAGGGCUUCCCUGGUAAGCUGUCUGGGACAUCCAACGUACACUUGGCUAUGAGGUUCGGCAUUCCUCCUGUAGGAACUGUUGCCCAUGAAUGGUUUAUGGGCACAGCUGCCAUUUUUGAUGACUAUAAGAAAGCUACAGAACUAGCGCUUCGGCACUGGGUCGGCUGUUUCGGCUCGAAUCUAGCCAUUGCCUUGACAGAUACAUUCGGCACCGCAGAGUUUCUUCACUCUUUUAGCCUACCUGUGCAAACAGUUGAAGGCGGUAUGUCAGGUGAUAUUUUCAAGAAUGAGGACGGUUCUACCAAGACCUAUGCCGAGUUGUUCACGGGCGUGCGACAAGAUUCUGGAGAUCCUGCGGAAUAUGCCAAGUUGAUGCGGAAUUAUUACGAUAAGCAGGGCAUCAAAGAGAAGAAGAUUAUUGUAUUCUCUGAUUCACUCAACAUCGAGCGCUGCUUGGAGUACAAAAAGGUUUCGGAGGAGCUUGGGUUCCAGCCAACAUUUGGCGUUGGCACGUUCCUCACCAAUGACUUUACGCACUUGACAACUGGAACCAAGUCAGUGCCCCUGAAUAUUGUCAUCAAGCUUAGCUCCGCAGCAGGACGACCAGCUAUCAAGAUUAGCGACAAUAUUGGCAAGAAUACCGGGGACAAAGACCUCGUUGAAAAGGUUAAGAAAGAGCUUGGCUACGUGGAGCGCGAAUGGAAAGAGGGCGACGAGACCUCGCGAUGGGGUAAAGAAGAAAAUGCGCAAGCAUAG